CCUUUUUGUUGCAAAUCGAUUGGUUGGGAGAUGCAGCGUGGGCGAGAUGAUCAAGAUCGGAGAUUGAAGGCUCUACAAGCGCAAAAUCAAGCUCAGCCACAGCCACAAAAAUGCCCUCGUUGUGAUUCUCUCAACACAAAGUUUUGUUAUUACAAUAACUACAGCUUAUCUCAGCCUCGUUAUCUUUGCAAGACUUGUAGAAGGUACUGGACUCAAGGUGGUACUCUCCGUAACGUCCCCGUCGGCGGCGGCUGCCGGAAGGGUAAACGACCCAAACAAUCUUCUCACUCAUCCAACAACUCCAACUCACAACCGCUGCCGCAGAUAGUCCAGUCCAGUUUAACAACAACUCCGCCGCCCGUAAUUUUCUCGGGUACUCCCGUCAUCACGCCGUCCUCUUUUUUCAAUCCUGUUGGAGAAUUGGGGUCAUCUUCGAGCUGGGUCAAUUCAUUUGGAUCAUCACAAGGGCAGCGUCCAAUUCAACCACCAGAAAUAAUCUACGACAUGAUGGACCAAUCAUCAGGGAAAGCCGCCGUGAGUUCAUCUUCUCAAGCAGGGUGGUCGGAAAGUUACAUCAACAAUUAUAUUUCAAACCCAAUAGCCGCAGCCGGAGAGAACAUUAUCUGGACACCCAACAACAACAACAACGAUACCGCCACGACCAUUGCAGGCAACCCCACGAACGAUAGUACUACAAUUAACCAGUGGCCUGAUUACAUGACGGGAUUCGAUCCACCCCCAUGACACGAUCGAUCACAAAUAUGAGGAAUUCGAUUCUUUCGUUUCAAA